AUGGCUACAGAAAACCAUUCAACAGUGGCUGAGUUCAUUCUUGGAGGAUUAACUAACCAGCCAGAGUUCCAGAUCCCUCUCUUCCUCCUCUUCCUUGGAAUCUAUGUGACCACCAUGGUGGGGAACUUGGGCAUGAUCACCCUGAUUGGUCUCAACCAGCAGCUUCAUACCCCAAUGUACUUCUUCCUCAGCAACUUAUCCUUUGUGGAUCUCUGCUACUCCUCAGUCAUCACCCCUAAAAUGUUGGUCAACUUUGUAAACAACAAGAACAUCAUCUCCUAUGUGGGGUGCAUGUCUCAGCUCUACUUCUUCCUUGUUUUUGUCAUUGCUGAGUGUUACAUGCUCAUGGUGAUGGCCUAUGACCGCUAUGUGGCCAUCUGCCGCCCCUUGUUCUACCACAUCAUCAUGUCUCAUACUCUCUGCUGCCUGCUGGUGGCUCUGGUCUAUACCAUGGGAAUCAUUGGGUCAACAAUAGAGACUGGCCUCAUGUUAAAACUGCACUAUUGUGAGGUCUUCAUCAGCCACUACUUCUGUGACAUCCUCCCUCUCAUGAAGCUCUCCUGUUCUAGCACUUAUGAUGUGGAGAUUGUUGUCUUCUUUUUAGCUGGAUUUGACAUUAUAAUGACUGGCUUAAUGGUUCUUGUUUCGUAUGCUUUCAUCCUGUCCAGCAUCCUCCGCAUCAGCUCCACUGAAGGCAGAGCCAAAGCCUUCAGCACCUGCAGUUCCCACUUUGUGGCUGUGGGGCUGUUUUAUGGAUCCACUGCAUUCAUGUACUUAAAGCCUUCCACUUCCAGUUCCUUGGCCCAGGAGAAUGUGGCCUCUGUGUUCUACACCACCGUGAUCCCCAUGCUCAACCCCCUCAUCUACAGCCUGAGGAACAAGGAGGUAAAGGCUGCCCUACACAAAACAUUAAGGAGAAAACUCAUUUGA